AUGUCAUCCACUCAAAGCGAACAACAAACAUCCAAAGCGGGGACUGAUGGAACAGAAAAAAAAGAGCAAAUGGAAGUUGAAGAUGAACCGUUAGAUGAAGAGAUUUUAAGAAUGUCAGCGGAUGAUUUGAAGAGUCGGACACAUUUGGUAGAAAAUGAAAUUCGCAUCAUGCGUUCCGAAAUACAACGAAUCAGUCAUGCGAUAGAUACACUGACAUCUCAUGUCAAAGAAAAUACUGAGCGUAUCAAGGUGAACAAAACGCUGCCAUAUUUGGUAUCAAAUGUUGUUGAAUUAUUACUUUUGGAGGAGCUACAGGAAGACGAGGGUGCAAAUGUCGAUUUGGAUGCGCAUAAAACGAAAUGUGCUGUAAUCAAAACAUCUACUCGUGCGACAUAUUUUCUUCCAGUGGUUGGCUUAGUAGAUCCAUCGGAACUGAAGCCUGGUGACCUCGUUGGAGUAAAUAAAGAUUCCUAUUUGGUUCUGGAAAAGUUACCCGCAGAAUAUGAUUCGAGAGUAAAAGCUAUGGAAGUUGAUGAAAGACCAAACGAACAAUAUAGCGAUAUUGGUGGCUGUGAUAAGCAAAUCCAGGAAUUGAUUGAAGCGGUUGUUUUACCGAUGACACAUAAGGAUCGAUUUAUAAAUCUUGGAAUACAUCCACCAAAAGGUGUUUUGCUCUAUGGUCCACCAGGUACUGGUAAAACAAUGAUGGCACGCGCCGUAGCUGCACAAACAAAAUCAACAUUUCUAAAACUAGCUGGACCUCAGCUAGUGCAAAUGUUUAUCGGUGAUGGAGCAAAACUUGUCCGUGAUGCGUUUGCUUUAGCGAAGGAAAAGGCUCCAGCAAUUAUUUUUAUUGAUGAAUUGGAUGCCAUUGGUACAAAACGUUUUGAUUCUGAAAAAGCUGGUGACCGUGAAGUCCAACGUACAAUGUUAGAACUAUUGAAUCAGCUAGAUGGUUUUCAGCCGAAUGAUGAUAUAAAGGUGAUUGCUGCAACGAAUCGGGUCGAUGUUUUGGAUCCGGCUCUUUUACGAAGUGGUCGGUUGGAUCGUAAAAUUGAACUUCCAAGUCCAACCGAAGAUGCUCGUGCUCGUAUAAUGCAAAUUCAUUCGCGUAAAAUGAACGUCCACAAAGAUGUUAAUUUUGAAGAAUUGGCGCGGUGUACAGAUGAUUUCAAUGGAGCACAGUGUAAGGCAGUCUGCGUCGAAGCGGGUAUGAUUGCCUUACGACGUGAUGCUGUUGAAGUGAUGCACGAGGAUUUUAUGGAUGCUAUCCUGGAAGUCCAAGCAAAGAAGAAAGCUUCCUUGUAUUACUACGCUUAA